UUGUUUAACUUAACUCAAUAUUUCUUUUUUUGCAGUGCGUUGGGGCAUGAACAGGCUGACAGUUGAAAUUGAAAUUCAACCAUGUCUCUUGACUUCGGCAGUUGGUGUGCGAAGUACAUACUAUGUCUCUUCAACUUCGUCUUCUUUUUGUGCGGAGGUGCAGUUCUCUCGGUUGGCAUCUGGCUGAAAUUGGACCAGAAAUCGUUUAUUGCAAUUACUAAAAUCGCUGAAAACAGAGAUGUACCUGAGUUCCAGCAGUUCUCACAACCAGUUGUGAUCAGCCAACUGGCCUACAUCCUGAUAGUGGUUGGUGCAGUCAUUUUCAUUGUCAGCUUCAUGGGUUACUGUGGCGCACUUCAAGAAUCCAGGUGUCUUCUUACCACGUAUGGUAUUCUACUUCUGACAAUACUAUUGAUUGAGGUUGUGGCAGUUGGAGUUGCUCUGGCUUGUAAAGGGAAGGCUGAGACUGAGACAAAAACUUUUUUGAAGACAACAGUCAGCGAUUAUUAUUCUACAAACGAUAAGGCAGAUGUUGUUACAGUAACAUGGAACAUCCUGAUGGCUCAGAUGUCUUGCUGUGGAGUUGAUGAUUACAAAGAUUUCCAGACUUCGGAGAAGUUCAAAGAAGGUAACAUGACUGUACCGGUGGCCUGCUGCGUUCUGGAGGGAGACUUCAGGAGGUUUAGUCCCAAAGAUCCCAACUGUCCAUACAGUCCGUCGGAAGCCAAUUCCUACUACAAAACGGGAUGCUACAAGACGAUGGUGAACUGGGUACUGGACCACAUCAACUGGGUGAUCUGGGUGAUGGUGGGAGUGGUUCUGGCUGAGCUGAUAGUCAUGUGCUUCGCCUUCUGCCUCAGCAAAUCGCUCGAGUCCUACAAGUGAACUGUGCCUUUGCAAUGCAAUGCAAUAAUAACCCACUACAUCUAAAUCCUAUUUUAUAAUUUUAUAAGAGUGAUUGUUAAAUAUCUUGACCAACAUCUUAGCUUUACCCGCAUAGUUAACGUGUCAUUCAUUGAAAAUCAAGAGUUCACACAUAUCAUUUGUAAAUAAAAUCUCAUAGUUGUUAUGAUUUGUUAUAUAAUAAUAAUUUAUGAUAAUUUGUUGCUUUAGGAAAGUUGCUCCAGUGUUCUACGAUUCUCUCUUCCAUUCAAUUGUAAACUAAAUUGUAACUAGUUAGUUUAAACGUUUUUAUUGAUUCUAUGGAAUUAGAACAUUUUGAAAUUAUCUAUAGUUUCGAUUAGCUGUUUUUUUUAAUUAUUGUUACUAAUUAAUCUGCCUUCAAAUUUGAGUAUAGAGUCUAGAAUGAUACUCUUAUCAAUUUAAACUAAAUUUUUUUUCAAUGGUAAACUAAAUCUAAACUAGUUAGCUUAAACGUUUUUAUUGAUUCUAUGGAAUUAGAACAUUUUGAAAUUAUCUAUAGUUUCGAUUAGCUGUUUUUUUUUAAUUAUUGUUACUAAUUAAUCUGCCUUCAAAUUUGAGUAUAGAGUCUAGAAUGAUACUCUUAUCUUGCUGUAAGAGAAUAAUGUUUUUAAAUUAUAUAGAUUCUAUAAGUUGUUUUUUUUCAAUGGUUACUAAAUAAUCUGCCUUCAAAUUUGAGAGUAUAGAGUAUAGAAUUAUACUCUUAUCAUUCUGUAAGAGAAUAACGUUUUUAAAUUAUAUAGAUUCUAUAAGUUGUUUUUUUUUCAAUGUUAACUGAAAUGAUCUGCCUUCAAAUUUAAAAUCAUAUUUAUUUCUUGGUUUCAAAUGGAGAAUAUUAUUGUAAAGAAUCAUAAUUUAUGCUGACUGAAUUGAAAAUUGUCUUGAAUUUUUGAAAAGAAAGUCAUCCUUGAAUUGAUUAACACCAAGAUACUUCUAGUAAAAAACCAUAUUAACAAACUUAAUAAUUCAUAAUAACUUGAAUGAUCCCUUCUAAAGUGAAUUCGUAUGGCUUUUGUUGGUGGGGAGUCCCUUGCGGGAAGGUCCCACCGCCUGAAUAUAUCAUUUGAGCCUUACGACUGUCAUACUUCAGCCGAGACAGAUAGUUUAACGUGCCCUGCUGAUUCUAUACUACAGUUAAUUUCACUCUACACCAAUCAAUGAAUUGGUUGUUGUAAGUCUCUACUGUUGAUAAGAUGUUUGAUUAUUAUUAUCUAGAAAAUUUGAAGUGAUUUGCAAUGUAUGUAUGUAAUUUAUGUAAAUCUUAUUUACAAUGUAGCAGAUUUAGUUUGUAUUUUCUACCAAUGAAGCUGAAAAACGUGUGAAAUCACCUCAGUCUUAUCUCUUUAAUAAGAUAUAUUUUAAAUAUCUUGUUGAAAUUGAAUAAUUUUAUUAGAAGACGCGCAGCUCUCAAAGUAAUGUUUGUUCAUUUGAAUUUUACAUUGUAAAUAGAGCUGAGCUGCUCAUCUCCAUCAACAAAACAUCUAAAAAAAGAAAAGUGAUUACUUUAGGAUAAAAGUUGAUCUGAAUCUUAAUUUUAUCAAGUUGAUUCAUUCCAAUUCCAUAUUAUUGUGUACAUAAUAUAUGCAACUACUUUUAGUUUUGAAAUUGUUAGCGCACCAAUUUGCCUUGUCUGAAAAAAAUAUACGAAAAUAAAUUAAA